AUAAACAUUUAGGGAAGUGAUAACCGAGGCGGAGGGGAAGGAGGUGCAAGGAAAGCAAUAUAUGAAAAAAAUAACACGAUUCAGCUCAGGAGGAGAGAAGAGGAAAACAGAAGCAAGGAGGAGGAAGGAUAAAGCACGAAUAGAGGCUAAUAAGAAGGGGUAUAAACUGCAGGAAGUCACAAGAAGAGGAAGAAGAAGGCGAGGGGCGUGAAGUAUCACCACCAUCACCGCUUCCACCACCACCACCACCACACCUGCCGCCUCUCCCUCGCCAUGGACAGCAAAGGCCGGAAGAUUGUCGUGUGUGAUAAUGGCACAGGGUUUGUCAAGGUGGGAUAUGCCGGCUGCAACUUCCCAGCCCACAUCUUCCCCUCGAUGGUGGGCCGACCAAUCAUCAGGGCCACAAACAAGAUUGGCGACAUUGAAGUGAAGGAGUGGGCUCAUUUCCCUGACCUAAUGGUGGGUGAUGAGGCCAGCAAGCUGCGGUCCAUGCUGGAGGUGACCUACCCCAUGGAGAAUGGCAUUGUAAAAAACUGGGAUGAUAUGUGUCAUGUGUGGGAUUACACCUUUGGCCCUGAGAAGAUGAACCUGAAUCCUCGGGAGUGUAAGAUUAUGCUGACUGAGCCUCCCAUGAACCCCAUCAAAAACAGGGAGAGGAUGCUGGAGAUGAUGUUUGAGAAGUACGGGUUUGCUGGUGCCUUUGUGGCCAUCCAGGCGGUGCUGACCCUAUACGCCCAGGGCCUGCAGUCUGGGGUGGUGGUGGACUCUGGUGAUGGUGUAACCCACAUCUGUCCUGUGUAUGAGGGCUUCACACUGCCACAGAUCAGGAGAUUGGAUAUUGCUGGACGGGACAUCACUAUGUACAUGAUCAAGUUGCUCCUCCUGAGGGGCUAUGCCUUCAACCAUUCUGCUGACUUUGAGACUGUGAGGAUGAUGAAAGAAAAGCUGUGCUAUGUGGGCUACAACAUUGAGCAAGAGCAGAAGCUGGCCACUGAGACCACUGUCCUUGUUGAGAAUUAUCAGCUGCCUGAUGGUCGUGUUAUUAAGGUUGGCGGGGAGAGGUUUGAGGCUCCCGAGGCACUCUUCCAGCCACACUUGAUCAAUGUGGAAGGCCAGGGCAUUGCUGAGCUUCUCUUUGAUACCAUCCAACGCUGUGACAUUGACAUCAGGCCGGAGCUCUACAAACACAUUGUUCUCUCAGGAGGCUCCACUAUGUACCCAGGGCUGCCUUCCCGCCUGGAAAGGGAACUGAAGCAGCUCCACUUAGAAAGAGUGCUUAAAGGAGAUGUGGAGAGGUUAUCUAAGCUCAAGAUUCGCAUUGAGGACCCUCCAAGGCGGAAGGACAUGGUGUUCAUUGGUGGUGCAGUGCUGGCUGACGUGAUGAAGGACAGGGACAACUUUUGGAUUUCCCGAGAGGAGUACCAGGAGAAGGGGGUGCAAGUAGCCCUGGAGAAGCUGAUGCCUGGAGGCACCUCAUAAGGAAGGUAGCAUUAGGAACAUGGUAGUUGUUUGUGUCAUUGUUGAUGGUGAAUGUGAUGUCACAUCCUACAUACUUUGCUCUCCCGGUCUUUUCAUCUUACUCUGGAUUCCUGCUCAGUACUGGAGUACAUUCAGAUCAGUUUGAAGUUUCAAGCACAUUGUCCCAGAGUUCUGUCCCUCCUUCAAACAAACUCAUUUCCAUCACUGGAAUGUGUAGCUCAAACUGUUUACUUAUCACACAUUCUUUAUGAUUAGAUUUAAAAUAUGAACUUUAUAAAAGUUUGUAUUUUCCAGCCAUGGGAUUGUAAGUGUUAUAGACCCAUUGCAGCCUUGUAGGGUAAUGUAAAUACCGUGCGUACUGUCAGUAUGAGAAAAGACCUAGUCUUUGUCAUAUUAUCCCUACUACAUGGUAGUAAUUUAUUAUCAUUCUAAGUCUGUGGUGUGUUUGUAAUGACAGAGAAGAUGCCUUCACUGAAUGGGACAUGGAUAAGUCUUCCACCUGAAGUGCACCGAGGGUGGGUAUGAACCGUUCAUGCAGACGAUGACAUUUGUCGGGUUUGUUAUGAGAGAACUUUUUGUGUCAAAAUGUCACCUCCAGACAUUAUAUGUACUUUAUAUUUGUCUUAUUAAUAUAUAUUUUUCUGAUUGAAUGAAUCUAGUAGUAAUAUUAAAUGCAAAA